AAAAAAGAACAUUUAUCCCUGCCAACACGACCAUCGCUUACGCUAAAUGGACCAAAAGAUGCGGAAGUGAUUGCACAGCUGCGCAACUACUACCAGCUCGCUGCACAACAGUACCGUGCUGUUUUUGAGACUCUGGAGCAGAAUGGUAAGCCUGAUGUAUAA